AUGAUUUGCCAUUCCAUUACUCCACACUGGUUCCACAGCACAACGGCCAUCCUCGCCAACUCCCUCCCCUCCCCCAUCCUUAGACCACAGCUGACUGAGAGAGCCGACGCCGACGGAUCACGACCCCGGAGGACUCCCCGGGUAGUGAGCCAGCUCUAUAAUAGUCUUCAGGAUUUAACUCCUCGCAGGGCUUUAAUUCCUCCCAGGGCGGCCAUUAUCCCAGGCCGAAGGGAUAGAGUCAUCCUUGGCCGUCCUCUGCGGAAUGGCCCCUCCGAGGGCACUGCGCGGGGAGAGCGGGAGGGCAGGAGAGGAGGGUCUGUUAUGAUAACCAACAGAGGUACCCCAUAUCUUGACGGUGGUCAAAGGUUAGCCACAGAUGAGGGAAAUAAGAUUAGGACAGGGAAGAAACACACGUACCACCGAAAUCGAAACAGGAAACGUCCACCGCCACUGCUACACCGUUAA